AUGGACUCCUCUAGCAGCUCUCACUCGGCGCUCACCACGUAUGGCGGCUGGGCUGUCCUGCUGCUCGUGGCAGGCUAUGUCUUCACCACCUAUCAGAACGGCACACCACGACGCAGCUCUGCCGUUGUGCCUGCCAAGCGCGGCCGGUCGCAAGAGGCUCCAGAGCCAGCUGCGCCCCCGAGGAAGAAGGUCGAGAAGGCCGUGAAACAGCCCAAGAAGGUCGCGAAGCCGGCGGAGGCCGCUGCCACCACGACGGCCACCGCACCUGCCGAGCCAGUCGCCAGCGCUGAAGAGCUCGCCGCGGCGGAGCGCAAGGCCGACCGGGAGUUUGCCCGCCAGCUCUCCUCCACACAUGCUGGCCACACCUUUACCAGCAAGAAGGCCGAUGAGAAGCGGGCCAAGUCUGUGAAGCAGUCCAAGGCUGAGCAGGGCUCCAAGGUGACUGCAGCCCCUGCAGCCACUACCACCGAGGUGUCUCACGGCGAGGAUGCGGAUGACGACUUGUCUCCUCAGGCCUCCCCCGUCGUCGAGGCCGCGCCGUCCAACAGCAACGAUGUCUCUGACAUGCUCGAGGCUGCGGCUCCUGGCCCCUCUGUCCUCCGUCUGACUGGCACUGAUGCGGUCAAGGCCAAGCAGCCCAAGGCCAAGGCUCCGGAGGUCGUCGAGACCAAGAAGCAGCGCCAGAACCGGAAGAAGGCCGAGGCUGCCAAGGCUGCUCGCGAGGAGGAUGAGAAGGAGCGCAAGGUGCUCCUUGAGCAGCAGAGACGCACUGCUCGCAUCGCCGAGGGUCGCGCUGCGAAGGACGGCUCUGGCUUCGUCGCCAGCCAGCAGAACAACGCCUGGACUGCCCCGAACACCGAGUCUGCCCAGACGAACGUGAUCCCUCUUCUCGACACCUUUGAGGCUACCCCUGCCGCGCCUGCGAAGAAGCAGAAGGAGACUGUCCCCGCGGCUCCCCCGAAGCAAGACCAGUUCGAAGCUGCUCCCCCGCAAGAGACUGACAGCUGGAAUGAGGUAAAGACCAAGAAGAAGGGCAAGCAGAGUGCUCCCGCUGCCGUCUCCUCCGCCGCCUCUCAGGCUGAGCCCGUCGCGGCCGCCAAGCCUGCCACCAACGGAGUCAAGAAGCCCCUCCUGACCAGCAACAACUCUUCCUUCGCCGCCAUUGCUCCCGAGGAGACCGAGGAUGUCGACGAGGAGUGGGAUGUAUGA